UUCUUAUGAAACGUUCAGUUCAAGUYGAGGAAUCGCUCUCUAAGAUAARAUAUGACAUCCAGCUUUUCAACCCGAUGGGCGGCGAUCCUAAUCUUCUUGUUUCUCGGACAAGAAUUUUGCGCAGCCAUUUUACCUGCACCUGAUCUGGGUAUACAGGACCGUGCCAUUGUGAAAUCUAGUGCUGCUCACAUUUCUGGGCUGUACGCCUCUUGUAAGAUCUUCAAGACCGCUUUCUACUCCUACCUUUAUAAACAUUGGAAUUGUAUGGGGGGUAUAACUGCUCUUCGUGAUCUGUAUAAUCAAAGAAUGAAGCAUUUUGAGGGGAAAACGAAGUGCAACGUUGGUGAUUUCGAUACCGUGAAACAGAAACUGAUUGAAUUUGGAAAAGAGCGCGGUUUUCUGAUUAACUGUAUACAGAUUAAAACCAAGGUUUGUAGCCUUGCACAAAAGGGAUACUCCAAGCUSUUCAUUGCAAAUAGCUUGCACCUGACUAUAGAACAAGUCGACUAUUUACUGAGAAGCUGCCGUGAACCAGCCCUGACGGACGUACAGAAGGAAGCUGUUUGYCUUAUGAAAAAAUAUGGCCUCACAGCUCUCAGGAUAGCUAAACUUCUCGGUCCUGUAUUCAAAGAGAGCACUGUACAAUCUCACAUGGAUACUUGCUAAGCCUACAGCAAGCCAUGAUCCUUAUAUAUGUAUUUGAAACAUUUUGGCAAUUAAUAAAGAUUCAU